AUCAUUUAGCAAUUAAGCGUUAACUGUGUCAGCAAUAUAAAUCCAAUCAAAGAGUCGUCUGAAUCGCUCACUCUCUGCAACUCAUACAACUUCUUUUCUUCUUGGAUUGUUUAGUUGAACCUUAAUAACAAAAACAAAGAUGGUCAUCAACAAAAUCCUUCGAUCCACUCUCAAAAACCAGCUUGGUUCACACAGCAAACAUGUUGCAGCUUCUGGCAGUUCACAGAAGCAUCUUGCUUCGGCUCCAUGCCUGGCCAAAUUGUAUGGCACAGAGGCAUCUUUGCAAAAGGAUGACUCAACGACUGAUUCGAGGGAUGGUAGAGGUUAUAAGGGGCAUGAUAUGUUGGCACCUUUCACUGCUGGGUGGCAGAGUACUGAUUUGCAUCCUCUCGUCAUAGAUAAGUCUGAGGGUAGCUAUGUUUAUGACAUUAAUGGGAAGAAGUAUCUUGAUUCUCUUGCUGGUCUUUGGUGCACUGCUUUGGGGGGAAGUGAACCACGGCUUGUGGCUGCUGCAACAGAACAAUUGCAUAAGUUACCAUUUUACCACUCCUUUUGGAAUCGUACAACAAAACCCUCUUUGGAUCUUGCAAAGGAACUUCUAGAAACUUUUACUUCAAGCAAAAUGGCAAAAGCCUUCUUUACAAAUAGCGGAUCAGAAGCUAAUGACACUCAGGUGAAGCUAGUUUGGUACUAUAACAAUGCUCUUGGAAGACCAAAUAAGAAGAAAUUUAUAGCCCGUGCAAAAUCUUACCAUGGUUCAACUUUGAUAUCAGCCAGUCUUUCUGGACUUCCAGCAUUGCACCAAAAGUUUGAUCUUCCCGCUCCAUUUGUCUUGCACACUGACUGCCCUCAUUACUGGCGUUAUCAUCUUCCAGGUGAGACAGAGGAAGAAUUCUCAAGCAGAUUAGCUAAGAAUUUGGAGGAUCUCAUCCUGAAAGAGGGACCAGAGACGAUUGCUGCAUUUAUUGCGGAGCCUGUCAUGGGGGCAGGAGGUGUGAUACCUCCACCUGCAUCUUAUUUCGAAAAGGUGCAAGCUGUUGUAAAAAAAUAUGACAUUCUUUUUAUAGCAGAUGAGGUAAUUUGUGCUUUUGGAAGGCUUGGAACAAUGUUUGGGUGUGACAAAUACAACAUUAAACCAGACCUUGUAUCUGUAGCAAAGGCGCUUUCUUCUGCAUAUUUGCCAAUUGGAGGUGUUAUGGUUAGCCCAGAAGUUUCAGAUGUUAUACACUCACAAAGCAACAAACUCGGCUCUUUUUCUCAUGGAUUCACUUAUUCUGGCCACCCUGUAUCAUGUGCGGUUGCCAUUGAAGCACUCAAGAUAUACAAGGAGAGAAACAUUCCUGAGCAAGUAAGUAAAAUUGCCCCAAAAUUCCAAGAUGGUUUAAAAGCAUUCUCCGACAGUCCCAUCAUAGGAGAGAUUCGGGGAACUGGCUUGAUUCUUGGUACAGAAUUUACCGACAAUAAGUCACCUAAUGAUCCAUUUCCUCCUGAAUGGGGGGUUGGCGCAUAUUUUGGAGCACAAUGUGAGAAGCAUGGGAUGUUGGUGCGAGUUGCAGGGGAUAACAUAAUGAUGUCUCCUCCACUUACAAUAAGCCCUGAAGAGGUUGACGAGUUAAUUAUCAAAUAUGGAAAGGCACUGAAGCAAACAGAAGAAAGGGUAAAUGAACUUAAGUCUCAACAGAAAAAGCACUAAACUGCCAUAUUUCUUUGCUCUUUGUGUACUAAAGUAAAUCUCUUUGGAAUUGUUAUGCACAUGCUACCUAAUUAAUAAAGCCUUUAUAAGGGUGUUGCUCCGUUUUUCUGUCCU